AUGCCGUCCGCUAGGCGGGCACGCCUCGCUGAGGCGAGUAGAAUUGGAAGGAGGAUAGCACGUUCGCACAUAUCUCGGCUUGGUGAUCACAUCGUCCCGCAGCGCAUGCUGGCGCUGUACACGCUGCACACGGAACGCUUUUGCUGGUGGGCGUUCGGGGCCCCCGCCUUGCCAAGGCGGGUCGAUCACGUGGACGUGGGCGACCUGCUCACGGAGUACAUUGAGAUGCGAUGGCACGAGGGCGAUUCAAAGUCGUACGUGGCGUACCUCUUGGCCGGAGUCCAGCACUUCAUGCCGAGGCUGCGCCGCCACAUCCCCGCGGCCUGA